AUGGAUGUGGAAGCACCCAGACGGCCGUCUACUCCGCUCGAGGAGCCUCGCAUGUUGCCGCCACUGCUCCGCCUCGUGCACCCUUCGCCACCAAGCUCACGCAAAAAGCCGCCGCCGCCGCCUCCCCCGAAACUGCAAAUACCUCGGCAGGAGGACUUUGGAAAGAUGAUGGGGUUCACGAAGCUAGGGGGAGAGCCCCGAGAAAGUACCAUGACCGAGUUUGAGGAGGACGGCAGGACAUCGCAAUCCCCCGAAGGUCAAGUCUGGCGAAUUCCAUCAGCGGCGCCGCAGUCAGGCACGUCCUACGUCGCAGACAAACAGGGCAAUUGGGUAUUGGCGGACUCUAAAAGGGCAUCGCAUGCCGCCGAGCUGGACACGGUGACGCCAAUGACGGCCACGACGCCGAAAGCAGAUAUUGCAAAGCCUGUUGUUCUCCUGCCUAUCUACCAGAGGGCCCAGAAGGUUGAGGCAAAGUCGCCCCGCCUCCCAGAAGUGCCAAAGGAGACGGCGCCAGAUCCGAUCAGAACAGAGAAACCUGCGGAACCUCCGCAGUUGACUAGUCCCGAAUUUCGGCAGCAGGCUAUACCUCGCCCUCUGUUCUCGACCCAUCCGAACCCUCGGAGCUUCUCCAACCCAGAGCGAUUGUCAACGCAGGGCCAGCAUCGCUCGAGGGCGGACUCGGCCGACAGCGGGAUAACAGCCAUAACGGCCUCGUCAAUGGACGAGGAUGCAGUCCAGCCGCCGGCCAUCGGCCCUCCACAACUUGACCUAUCUCCCGUCGCGGAAUCUCCGCGGUCCGUCACAGGGCGCUCGCCCGUGUCAUACCCCAAGAUUCACGGAAGGGAAAAGGGGCCAGCGGCCCCGAGGCGGCCGAUUCUCCGCCGACCGUCUGGCCACCCUAGCCCAACGCUUGGUAUGCACCAGCAGCAACCCAUGGCGUUAGGAAAUGUGCCAUACGGCGUACCGCGGCUGGGAAUGCGAGGGGUAGAGAAUCCAGCGCUGCUUCGGACCGGAUCACCUACGAUGCGCAUCGUAGAACCCUCCCCUGAGCCCACAGACGAUGACCGGAGUCGACUACCCUCUGCGCGGCAACGUAACUCGUCAGCCCCGUCCGCUCCACCGCCAGCGCUGGCUCACGAAGCUCGAGGCCAGAGAGCCGCUCCCGUGGCGGCGAGGAUACACGAGCAAGUAGUUGCUCAACAGCCGGCCGAAAGGAGGCUCGGACCUUCCCCCUUGCCGCCUCUCGAUGCUCAUGCCCAGCCAAGCUCUGAGGCUCCGCGGCGAGGCGAUCAGCCCCCAGCCCAGCAGCAGCAGCAGCAGCAGCAGCAGCAACCGGCGCAGCCUCAGUACCAAUAUCAGCAACAAAACCCACAUUGGGAACCGCAACAACUGCACGUCCCGUAUCAGCGCCAGCAACAUCAGGUACAGUACCGGCCGGAGCAGCAGCAGCAGGGCCGUCGUCCUGGUCACAGCUGGAUCCCCGGCCUCCCAGCCCACCCCCGUCCGCAACGCGGUACUCAACGGCGCAAUACGCACUGGCAUCCGCAGCAGCGUCAGAACGCCCAGUACCACUACGAUCACCAUCAGCAUCCCCCCCCGCGGCCUCGACCGCAACAACCCCCUCAGUCCCAGUCCCAGCUUCAAAUUCAGCCUCAGCCCCAGCCCCAGCCUCAACCUCAACCUCGACCCCAACCUUCGGCUCAACCUCCAAUUCAACCUCACGCCCAGCCCAUGAACCUGCCCGUGCCGCAUCCACCACAAGGUCCACGACCACUAUACCAGCAGCACGCCCCCUCGGCAUCAUCCUCUUCCAAUCUCCCUAGACCCGGCGAGCAGCCCGUAGCCCCUCACCCCUCGCAGCAGGGCCAGCCACCAUCCUCCCUCAUUGUCAAGCGUCUCGGCGCCGACCGCGCCGCCACCAUGGCCAUCCUCACCGCCGAAGGCGACGCCGGCACCUCCUCGUCCUCAUCCUCCACGUCCGGUGUCAAGAAGAGCAACUGGCGGCGCGAGAAGAGCCGCUACGGGCCCAUGUUUCUCUCCCCCGAGGUCGUCACCCCACGAGGCGGCCGGCAGUUCCCUGGUGAUGGCGGUGACCUCCCCGCCACGCCUACGUGGGUGCCUAGGCUGACGCCCUCGCGCCGGGGCGACGACUUGUAUCUCAAUGUGCACUGA